UAUCUGUAGUUUAAACUUCUAUUUACUUUUUUCUUUUCCAAAUGUGAAUUGUAUGUGUAAAUAUCUCACCACUAGAGGACAAACACUCACACUGGCUUGGAUGUUGAAUCAGUUUAGUGACACACAUCAGAGAGAUUUGAUCUGUUAUUCUCUUAUUUCACCACAAAAUUCAACUCAUAUUUAUGCAUUUAUGGCAGAGCAUUUUCACAAAGGUUUGGCUACUCGAGACUGUGACUUUCUGUAUGAGACUGACAUCUAGUGGACUUGUUUAUUAUAUGACUGACACACCAGUUUGCACACGUUUCAUAAACACAACCAGGAAAUGAUUUGAGUUCAGGGAAACUGAAACUGUUGGGCUGUUGUUUGUUUCGUCUUUCUGUGAGUACAUACAGUAAAAUGGCAGAAUCCAGUAUUUCAGUGGUUCAGGAUCAGUUCAUCUGUUCAAUCUGUCUGGAUCUACUGAAGGAUCCAGUGACCAUUCCCUGUGGACACAGUUACUGUAUGAGCUGUAUUACAGACUGCUGGGAUCAAGAUGAUCAGAAGAGAGACUACAGCUGCCCUCAGUGCAGACAGACCUUCACUACAAGACCUGUUUUAAAUAAAAAUGUGGUGAUUACCGAGAUGGUGGAGAUACUGAAGAAGACAAAACUCCAGACUGAUCGACCUUCUCACAGUUAUGCUGAAGCUGGAGAUGUGAAGUGUGACGUCUGUACUGAGAGAAAACACAAAGCUGUCAAGUCCUGUCUGGUGUGUCUGAACUCUUACUGUCAAAAUCAUCUUGAACAACAUGAGAAAUUCUUCAAAGGCAAGAGACACAACCUGAUAGACGCCACUGGACGACUUCAGCAGAUGAUCUGCCCUCAACAUGAGAAACUUUUAGAGAUUUACUGUAAAACUGAUCAGCUCUGUAUAUGUUAUCUGUGUAUUGUGGGAAAGCACAAAAAUCACAACACUAUACCAGCUAAAGAAGAGAGGACUGAGAAACAGAAACUACUGAAGAAUACACAGACAAAAUACCAGCAGAGAAUCCAGGAGAGUCAGAAGAAGCUUCAGGAGCUGAGAGAUGCUGUGGAGACUCAUAAGCGCUCUGCACAGACAGCAGUGGACGACACUGAGAAGAUCUUUACUCAACUGAUCCAAACAAUUGAGAGAAGACGAUCUGAGGUGACACAGCUGAUCAGAGAUCAGGAAAAGACUGCAGUGAGUGAAGCUGAAGGACUCUUGAAGCGACUGGAGCAGGAGAUUGAUGAUCUGAGGAGGAGAGACGCUGAGCUGGAGCAGCUUUUACACACAGAUGAUCACAUCCAUUUCCUCCAGAGUUUUCAGUCUCUCUCUGUUCCUCCUGGAUCUUCAGACUCACUCAGCAUCACUGUCAGCUCUCUCAUCUCUUUUGAUGAUGUAGGAAAAUCUGUGUCUCAUCUGAGAGAGAAACUGGAGGAUUUCUGUAGAGAAGAGAUAGAGAAGAUAUAUGAUAAAGUUACUCCUGAACCUGAGACCAGGGAGCAGUUCCUAAAAUAUUAUCAUCACUUCACUGCAGAUCCAAACACAGCAUAUAAUGAUCUCUGUCUGUCUGAGAGGAACAGAAAGAUUACUAACACUGACACACUCCAGCCGAGUCCUGAUCAUCCAGACAGAUUUGAUGGUUGUUAUCAGGUGUUGUGUAGUGAGAGUGUGAGUGGACGCUGUUACUGGGAGGUUGAGUGGAGUGGUGCGGUGUUUAUAUCAGUGUCAUAUAAGAGCAUCAAGAGGAAGGGAGGGGGUAACGAGUGUUUGUUUGGACAUAAUGAUCAGUCCUGGAGUUUGUGCUGCUCUGACUCCAGAUAUUCAUUCUGGCACAAUAACAUUGAGACUAAACUCCCAGUAGUGUCCAGAUCUUCUAGAAUAGGAGUUUAUGUGGAUCACAGUUCAGGAUCUCUGUCCUUCUACAGCGUCUCUGACACAAUGACCCUCAUCCACAGAGUCAACACCACAUUCACUAAACCUCUCUAUCCUGGGUUUAGUGUUUGGAGAUCAAUGAAAUUGUGUGAUAUCCCUACUGAAAAAUCCAGCUAAAACCAGCAUAAGCUGGUAGCUGGUUUUAGCUGGUUUAAGGUGGUUUAUGCUGGUCCUCCCAGCCUGACAAAGCUGGUCAUGCUGGUGGGCCAGCUGGUAUUCCAGCAUGACCAGCUAAGUCCAGCUAGACCAGCUUAAAAUGUGACCAAAACACAGCUAGACCAGCUUGCUACACCAGCAAAACCAGCUUCCUAUACCAGCAAAACCAGCUAAAACCAAGCUGGGGACCAGCUAAAACCAGCUCACCAGCUUAUGCUGGUCUUAGCUGUAUUUUUCAGUAGGGAUAUAACAAUAUAGAUGAUACAGAGAGUCUUUAAAUGAUUUUGUCAUAUUAGAAGUCUGAACAUGAUGAAUCAACAACAAAUAAAUAAUAAGUCUUUCAUUUUCUAAUCAGCAAUUAUAAAUAACUGAAUGUAAUGUUAUAUUUUAAUAAUUGGAUUUUGUCCUGUCAAACAGAUGUAGUUGUACAUUAGUUAUUCACAGUUAAUAUUAUUCAUCUACAGCCGUGUAUUCUUGUAUGUGUACUA